CGUUACUCCCACCAGUUCCCCCGGGAAAACUGACUAACAACACCUCAGCUUCCUCCUCCUCCACCACCAUCGCCAACGGCCGGCGAGGAAUCAAAUGACUGAACUAACCUUGACAUUCAGCAAAAUACCACAGCUUCUUCUUCAUUUCCUCCUAAUUUCCCUACCCCUUUUGGUAAAUUCGCAAGCGUCACUUACUGAAAGAACGAUUCUACUCAACCUCAAAGAGAAGUGGGGCAAUCCAGGAACCCUCCAGUCAUGGAACUCCACCUCCUCCCCAUGCAGCUGGCGAGAAAUUAAUUGCUCCGGCGGUGGCACGGUCACCGGAAUUCACCUCUCAGAUAAAAGCAUAUCCGGAGCAAUCCCAGACUUUAUUUGCAACCUCAAAAACCUCGCUUCUAUUGUUCUUGCUAAUAACUUGAUCUUCCAAACCUUCCCAACAUCUUUGUACGAGUGCUCAAAACUUCAAUACUUAGACCUCUCUCAGAACAUCUUCGUCGGGGACCUUCCACCAGACAUCAACCGCCUCCAGAAACUUCAGUACCUUGAUAUCAGCGGCAACAACUUCACCGGAGACAUCCCACCGGCCAUCGGCAACUUGACAGAGUUAAAGACUCUGUUUUUGCAUUCAAACUUGUUCAAUGGCACAUUUCCAGCUGAAAUUGGGAACUUAUCCAAUCUUGAAGUCCUUGCGAUGGCGUAUAACCAGUUCUUGCCGGCGGCAAUCCCACCAGAGUUCGGAAAGCUAAGCAAAGCUAAGUUCAUUUGGAUGGCGGGUACAAACUUGAUUGGCCAAAUUCCAGAGAGUUUUAGCAGCCUUACCAAUCUUGAGCAUUUGGAUUUGGCUCUAAAUGACAUGGAUGGCGGAAUCCCAAGUGGGCUACUCUUGUUAAAGAACCUGAGCGUUGUUCUUUUGUAUAGAAACUGGUUUUCGGGACCAAUUCCAUCGGUGAUCGAGUCGUUGAAUUUGACUCAAAUGGAUCUUUCCAUUAAUAGAUUGACAGGAAUCAUACCUGCAGAUGUUGGCAAGUUGCAGCAGUUGCAGUUUUUGAUUCUGUAUUCCAAUCAGCUGGAGGGAGAAGUUCCCGCGAGUAUUGGCCUACUUCCAGGCCUGAUUAAUUUUCGCAUUUUCAAUAACAAAUUGAGUGGUGUUUUACCACCAGAAUUAGGCCUUCAUUCUAAACUUGAAGCUGUUGAAGUUUCUAAUAACCAAUUCACCGGGAAUAUACCGGAGAAUUUGUGUGCAGGAGGGACUUUGUUUGGUGUGGUCGCCUACUCCAAUAAUCUAAAUGGUGGCAUACCAAAGUCGCUUGAAACUUGUGAUACUUUGAGAACAAUUCAGCUCCAUUACAAUGGGUUGUCGGGGGAGGUUCCAGCAGGCAUUUGGACAUUAAAGAACAUGACAAGUGUGAUGCUGAGUAAUAACUCAUUUUCAGGUGGGCUUCCGAGGAUGGUAGCGUGGAGUUUGACUCGUGUGGAGAUCGAUGAUAACAAGUUUUCUGGUCAAAUUCCAGUCGAGAUAUCGUCUUGGGCGAAAUUGACUGUGUUCAAGGCUGGCAACAAUAUGCUUUCAGGGCCUACUCCAGUUCAGCUGACUAACCUUUCUCAGCUCAUCACGCUGACACUUGAUGGGAAUUAUCUUUCCGGUGGACUUCCGUCACAAAUAAUAUCCUGGAUUUCUCUUACCAAUUUGAAUCUCUCAAGGAAUGAUCUUUCUGGUCCAAUUCCAUCUGCGAUAGGUUCUUUACCUGACCUCCUUGAUCUGGACUUAUCAGAGAAUCAACUUUCCGGUUCAAUACCACCAGAAUUAGGCAGUUUAAAACUCACCACUUUGAAUUUGUCUUCCAAUCGACUGGCUGGAAAAAUUCCCAGUGAGUUUGAUAACAUGGCCUUUGAAAGGAGUUUCUUAAAUAAUUCCCAUCUUUGUGCCAUUAAUUUGAUCUCAAAUUUACCAAGUUGUAAUGUCAAAUCACAGCGGUCUAACAAGUUGUCACCAAGAAUUCUUGCGGUUGUUCUGGUGCUGGUAGUAAUUGCAUUCCUAGUUACUGCAGUGAUGACCUUGUUUUGGAAGAAGAAGCAAAGAUGUGAUCUUGCAACAUGGAAAUUGACCUCAUUCCAGAGACUAGAUUUUACAGAGGAAAACAUCUUGUCCUGUUUGACAGAAGGUAACAUGAUUGGGAGCGGUGGCUCAGGUAAGGUGUACAAAAUCCCAGUGCACCGGCCAGGUGAGUAUAUUGCUGUUAAGAAAAUCUGGAGUAGCAAGAAAUUGGAUCACAAGCAUGAGAGUGAAUUUCUUGCUGAGGUUCAGAUACUGGGAUCGAUCAGACAUUCUAAUAUAGUAAAGUUGUUGUGCUGUAUUUCAAGUGAAGACUCAAAGCUUCUUGUAUACGAGUACAUGGAGAACCAUAGUCUUGAUAGAUGGCUACAUGGGAAGAAGAAAAAGCCAUCUUCACUGACCACUCCAGUUCAAAACUUUGUCUUGACUUGGCCGAUGAGGUUGAAAAUCGCCUAUGGAGCUGCUCAAGGCCUCUGCUACAUGCACCAUGACUGCAGUCCUCCAAUUCUCCAUCGAGACGUGAAGUCCAGCAAUAUCUUGUUGGAUUCUGGCUUCGAUGCAAAGAUAGCUGAUUUUGGUCUGGCCAAGCUCUUAGUAAAGAAAGAUGAGCCUCUCACAAUGUCUGCUGUUGCUGGCUCGUUUGGUUACAUUGCCCCAGAGUAUGCCUAUACAACAAAGGUGAAUGAAAAGACUGAUGUUUACAGCUUUGGAGUUGUCUUGUUGGAACUGGUGACUGGAAGAGAACCUAAUGGUGGGGAUGAGCAUACAAGCCUUGUAGAAUGGGCAUGGAAGCAUUAUGGUGAAGGGAAACCUAUAGCUGAUGCUAUAGACGAGGAGAUCAGGGAGCAACGCUGUCUGGAAGUGAUGACUACUGUGCUCAGAUUGGGGCUUGUAUGCACCAACUCAAUACCGAAUUGUAGGCCUUCCAUGAAAGAAAUUCUGCAGAUUCUCCAUCGCUGCACCCCUCUAGAAGAUAAUGGAGGCCUGAAGGCAGGCUGCGACAUUGCUCCUUUACUGGGCAGUGCCAAGUAUCUUUCAAGCUACAAGUGCAGGUCUAAGAAGAUAAUGAAUGAAGAUGAUGACAGCUUCAGCUGCGGUGUCUAAAAAACUCCUGACCCCUCAAGGAAGGGAAAAAAGAAGUGCUGAAUGAUUUAGUAUCAAUUGCUCAAUCUUAGCAGCGCUAUAUGUUUUGAGUACUUCUAUCAGUUUUAAUUUCAAGAGAAUUAUUCAGAAAAAUUAUUAACUAGUUUUGGUUUGUAAUAGAGUCUGACAUGCUUCAUAGUUAUGCAGGGUUCUGUAUAAAAUGUAAUACUAUCAUGUAAAUUUUUUGGUGAAGGUUAUGCAUUUAGCAGUUUUAAUCU